AUGGAGCCCAGUGUCCUCGUCGCGUCCCAUGUCUCCGCCCUCUUCCCAACUUCCCAGCCCAUUCAGGUCUACUCGACACAGAAGGACAUACCUAAUCUGCCCCGGCGAAAUGACCCGGGCCACCCUCCAGAACACGCGACAUACUCCUCGCUCUUCCACACACCCCUCACAGGCACCAUUCUCCUACGAGUGACCAAUGGCGGCUUCGUUCUCGAACUCCUCUCUUUGUCCACUGACAUACCACCUCUGCGCUUUGACUUCCCUGCCGUUAUACUGCCGGCACCCUCGAUCGUCAUGUGGGAAUCUGAGGAACUGCACGUCCUCCUCGCCACCAGAUAUGGUUCACUCUACAGGAUCGUCAUUCCCGUACGCGAAGGUGCCCCGCUCUGGACUCCGCUCGCAAAUAGGAGAUGGUACCGUGAAUACGUCUUACAGACCGGCUACGGCGAAGGGCUCGUACAGGUGCAGGGCACGCAUUGCGUUGUAAUCUCGCAACCGAAUGGUUCUCUGCUUCGACUGGAGGCAGACGCGCUGGGCAGCGACACACAGGAUGACGUCUGGCGCGAGUCCAGGUCCGACGCAAGGUCAUUCCUCCACUCGAUCGCCUCGCUGAUUCCUGCGUUGCACUCCGCUCCUCCCGGCGGUUCAGAUAUUAUAUCCAUCUCGACCCACCCACAGCCGACGGACAUCGGGAACGUAUGGACCCUGUCGAGAGACCGCCAUCUCCGCAUGUGGACCGCGAGAGGCGGAUGUGUCGCUGAGUGCGCGCUCCCUCCAACCCCUCCGGGGCGCAGCGUGGCGGCUAGGAACGCUUCUCCCGCUCCUGUAAAUCCGUCGGUGCUUCUCCCGCCUGAGCCGCAGACAUUGAUAUGCGUGUUCACGCCUUCUCACUCGGACGACCCGCAUGUACUCGCUUUCAUCCCGACUGAAGGCUCUUUGAACUCUGGCGGCUUCUUCCAGCUAUUUGUCGUAAAUGGCGAUACUCUGCGGCCACUGACAGUCUUCGAGGCGUCAGAGACGAGUGUCCACUGCCACCUACAAGACUUCACUGUGCUCGACGACACGCUUUACACGCUCUGGGACACCCAAGGUCAGUCUAUGGUCGAGGUCAGAGGCCUGGCUUGGGACGCGUCCGAAGAGCAAACCACUGGGGGCUGGAGCUCGGCGACCUACGCGCAUGAAGCUGAGCUCACCCCUGCAUACCUUGACGAGCUACUGCUUUCUCCUGGCUCGACUGCCGACAAAUUCUUCGAGGCCAUUAUGCGCCCAGGAAUAUUCUCCCCACUCACCCUCCAGACCGCCAUCACCCAAUACACCGACGCAUACCGCUCUCUCCCACCUCCCCAUCCAACACCAUUACUGCUUUCGUAUACGACCGUCGCAGAGCAGAUUGCUUCCGUUGUCGGCUGCACCGUGCAGCGCACGAAGGAUCCCAAGACCGGCGCGCCACUCGACGAGAAUUACUGGAACGCGCUCAAACGUGACUGGGAAGGCUUCAUCGCGCGGUGUCGAGAGAUUGAGCGGAACGGACGGUGGCCGCUUGCCAUUGGGCGCGGUGACCCGGAGGACGGUGUUCUCGUCAUCGAACGCGAGCGUGUCGCAUCUCUGGCAGGCGAGGACCUACCGCUUCGCCUGCACAGGAAAUUGUCUGCUGACCACGUUAUGGAUGCCCAAUUCGCUCUCCUGGACGUGUUGUGGACGAUGCGCAGGAAGCUAGGACCCCGUCUCAUGCUCUCCUUGGAGAACAGCCUCCACGACCUCGUUCACCAGGAGAUCGCGUUCUCUUACACAGACAUCAUCCAGCAUCAGGCGCGCGCAUCGGCCUUCCGCGAGCAGGUCGACGAAGGGCUGGAAAACUGGAUUGUGGGCCGUCUGCAGGGUAUCGGCAAAGUGCAAGAGGCCGCUCGCUUCGUCCUGGACAUCAUCGGCGGAUUCGACAAGGAGGUGAAGAGAGAGGAAGAAGACGCGGAGCUCCUGUCGCGCCCCAUCAGCCCUGACUGGUUGAGGGCCCUCUCCGCGUCAUAUGCCUCCACCUCCGUGCACGCGCGUUACGACAUAUCGCUCGCCCUCGUGACGCUCCUCUUCUUCCUUGCCGAUGAGUUGCACGAGUGGGACCAAGGGCUGCUGGCGGAGAUUUUCGUCGUGUUUCGCGGAAUUGCGAUGCUGCGCUACGUAGCGCGGCAGCCCGCUGGAGACAACGCGACUCCGACCGCUCAAGCCCAGCCGGGCGCCCCCGGGGUCGAGGAUGAUGUUGUCGCGAAGCUGCGCAACAUGCACGUUUCCGCUAGCCGCGGCGCCAAGUUCCAGCCGACGUACUCUCUGGUGCACCGGCUAGUGAACCUGUACGGGCACUCCCCGGGCCUCCCCAUCUCGGCGCACCGCUUCCUCGAUGCUACCGGCCUUCUGCAGUCUCUUUCGGCGGCGCAUGCGACGCGGCUCGAGGUGCUAUUCUGCGAGCGGCUCCGGCGCUUGGGCUAUCGCGAGGUGGCCCGGGAGGUUUUGGCAUGGCUCCCGCGUACACCGGGCGUGACGUACGUGCUGGGCCGUUUGUGGUUAGACGAGGGACGGUAUGACGACGCAGCGUCUGCAAUGGAGAUCCUCGCAGGCAGCUUCGGGCCACACUCUGCGCUGUCGUUUGACGAUCAGGAAGCGGUGGCUGUCGUGCUCGCUGGCGAGAAGACGUUCCCGGCGCAGUUCGAAUUCUACCUGCAUGUGGCCGAGUUGUUCAAGGCCGCGCUCACGACCUAUCACGACGUCUUCUUCACUCAGCUCGCACUUGCUGUCGCGCCGCCUGGCAUCGACACCCUCGCCUUGUGGCACAGCGUAAUAAAGGGGCUCACUGAUCUAGGACAGUACGAGGACGCAUACGCCACCCUAGUGUCGGCACCAUAUGAAAGACUGCGGAGGGAGUGCAUAAGUCAGCUGCUGUACCGGAUGUGCGAGGAGAAUGCGGUCGACCGGCUGAUGGCCCUCAAUUUCGCGGGCCUCGCCGACGAGGUCGAGGACGCGCUCGCGUUCAAGGCUCGACAUGCAGACCCGCGCAUCCGGCCGUUCUACUCGCGCAUACUCUACACGUGGUAUGUGUCCAGGGGCGAUUAUCGCAACGCCGCAUUGACGAUGUACCAGCGCGCGCGCAAGCUCGCGGCCCUGAUGGGCGAUCCCGCUGCCUUCGUAGAGCUCGCUGAGUUACAGCUCGAGGCCUACGUCGUCGCCAUGAACUCUCUCGCUCUCGUUGACCCGAAGAACCAGUGGAUCACGCUUCCGGUCACAGUCGAGACGGGGCAUGAGCCGCGCAAGCGCCGCCGGCUCUCAAAACACAUCCCGGAGAGCAAGUACGCGCCGGGGAGCCGCGAUGCGGAGAUGGUGGAACUCAAGGACAUGCAGUACGAGUACGCCUUGUUGUCCGCGCGCGCCGCGCUCGUACGCGGGGACCCCACGUUGUUGUCGGCCGGUGAACUCGCGCUGCCUGCGCCGUCCAUCGUGCUCAGGCUGGCCCAAUCGAACCGCUUCAACACCGCAAUGACGACUGCGCGCAGCCUCGCCGUGGACAUGUCGGACCUUUUUGGCCACCUCACGAGCCGCUGCUUGCGGCUCUCGAGGCGUCCAGACGCAGUGAUGAGUGAGGAUACGUCCGAUUGGCUGCUAACAGACAAAGUGUCGUCGUGGCCUGGGACACCGGCGGAGAAGGGCUGGCGGUACCUGCGGCAGUCGCUGGAGCGGCACGAUGGCCCUCAAACGGACUACAGGUAUACCAAGGUCGCAUUGGAGACGAUCAUGGCGUUUGACAGGUCGUCCCCUCCGCCCCCGUGGCUGAUACAUACGCUCGAGGAGCACCACGCCGAGUACCUGAUCCGGACGUGCCUGCGGUUCGAGGUGCUGGAGGCCGCGCUGGACCAUACGCUGGGGCUGAUGCGCAGGAGCGACGCACGCCUCACGGACGAGCUGCCAAAGACGGCCGCGGCGAGCUGGCUGCCGUACACGCUCGUCGAUCAGGUGCUCGUCGCGGCAGAGUCCCAGGCCGACCUCUCGGUGCGCGGGCGGCACCUCCUGGGCGAGCUGCGCGCGGAAAUAGGCAGUCGGAUGAAGAGGGUGCAAAAAUUCAGCCCCGCCGCCGCGUAGGGCGGGGCGACGCGGUUGCCUUAUGCGCACCGCAAAGGAGGGCAUGUAUUGUAUGUACCGGCCGCUGCUGCUGCCGCUGUAACCACCCCAG